CUUGAUCUCGUGGACUCCAUCGAAAACAUCAUGAAGCGCUUGAAUCGCAAGCCUGGCGGCGGGUCGUCCUGGGCGAAGAAUUCGCAGGGCGCACGAUCGAAUGCGAGCGGGCGCGGCAUGCCGCAGGAGAAAUUGGCCCAAUUGGCGCAGCAAGAUGCGUUUGACCUGACCCAUGGGUUCGCGCCAUUGACCGAGGAAGACGGACCCCAGAUUGGAUGGCUUCUCAACGCAUGCAACACGUCGCGCAACGUCGACAACGUCGAGCGAAGCGGCGUCGAGUUAUACUUUCUAGCGCAAGACGGGUCCGCGUUCAAGACCACGCUGCUCCGACCGCCGUACUUCUACGUCGCGGCGCCUCCAAAGCGUCUCCAGGAAGCCUUGGCCUUUUGCCAAAAGACAUUGGAAGGCACGUUGCUGUCCUCGAGCGUCGUGUCCAAGGAAGACUUGGACCUUCCCAACCACCUCUCGGGGCUGCAAGCGUCGUACAUUCAGCUCGUCUUCCGAACGGUGGCGGACUUGGUCGAUGCCAAGCAAAUCGUGUACCCCAUGAUCAUCAAGAACAAGCAAGAUCCGUACCACUCGACGGACAUUCCCCUCGUCGACAUUCGCGAAUACGACGUCACAUACCUGAUGCGAGUGGCCAUCGACGACGAAAUCCGAGUGGGUGCAUGGUAUUCCGUGCAAGUCGAUGCUUUGGAAGGCGUCAAAGUGGACCGGAUUAUGGAUAUGGUGGACAAGGCCGAGCCGGUGGUAUUGGCGUUUGAUAUCGAAUGUACCAAAGCCCCGUUGAAGUUUCCAGAUGCAGCCACAGACCAGAUCUAUAUGAUUUCGUAUAUGGUGGAUCGCCAGGGAUUUCUCAUCUGCAACAAAGAAUUCGUAUCCCAAGACGUCGACGAUUUUGAAUACACGCCCAAACCAGAGUACCCUGGACCGUUUGAAUGCAUCAACGUCGCCAACGAGUUGGAACUGAUCCGAUACUUUUUCAACCAUGUGAAAGAGCUCAACCCGCACAUUUUUGUCACAUAUAACGGCGACUUUUUUGAUUGGCCGUUCCUGGAAACCCGCGCCCAACACCACGGAAUGGACUUGAAGAGUGAAGUGGGCAUUUCGAAAGAUCGCAACGGCGAAUACCGUGGCCAAUGUGCCGUGCAUUUGGACGCGUAUUGCUGGGUCAAGCGCGACUCGUAUCUCCCUCAGGGAUCGCAAGGGUUGAAAGCUGUGACAAAGUACAAAUUGGGCUACGACCCUGUGGAAGUGGACCCCGAGGAAAUGCUCCCAUUGGCUCAAAAUGAACCGCUCAAGAUGGCGUCGUACUCUGUCUCAGAUGCCGUCGCAACCUUCUACUUAUACGACAAAUACGUGCAUCUGUUUGUGUUUUCGCUCUGUACGAUCAUCCCCCUGGGCAGCGAAGAUGUAUUGCGCAAGGGCAGUGGGACGCUCUGCGAAGCGCUGCUCAUGGUCGAAGCCUUCCGAGGCAACAUCAUUUGCCCCAACAAGCAAGUGUCGGUGCCAUUUGAAACAACGCACAAGAACCACGUGGUGGGCAGUGAAACGUACAUUGGCGGCCACGUCGAGUGUCUUGAAAGCGGCGUGUUUCGAGCGGAUUUAGAGUACCAGUUCAAAGUCGUACCGUCUGCAUUGGAGCACCUCAUUCAACACAUUGAUCGCGAUUUGACGUUUGCCCUCGAAGUGGAACUGGACAUUCCUCGGCAUGACGUUACGAAUUACACGCAGGUUCGGCAAGAGAUUGUAGAAGCGCUCGAGAUGCUACGGGACUGUCCUGAUCGAUGGGAGAAGCCUCUGAUCUACCACUUGGACGUGGCUGCCAUGUACCCCAACAUCAUCCUCACCAACCGCCUGCAGCCGUCCGCCAUGGUCACGCCCGCCGACUGCGCUGCUUGCGUCCACUCGACCACAUGCGAAACGUCAACUUCGACACUAUCGUGCCAACGCCCAAUGGAGUGGGUAUGGCGAGGAGAGUAUUACCCUGCGACCAAAACCGAAUUUGACCAUCUCCAAACUCAGCUAUCGUACGAAGUGGUUGGGAACAUCCCGUACGCCCAACUGCCACAAGACAAGCGCACCAGCAUGCUCACAGAUCGAGUCAAGCACUACUGCAACACUGUAUACAAGAAGAACACUGUCACAGACACGGAAACCAGAACUUCCACGGUUUGCAUGCGUGAAAACGCGUUCUAUGUCAACACAGUGCGCGCGUUUCGAGACCGUCGAUACGACUACAAAAUUCUGACCAAGCAAUGGCAAAAGAAAGCGUCCGCCGCCACCGAUCCACUGGACAAAGUGGACGCCACGACCAAGUUUGGCGUGUACGAUUCGCUGCAAUUGGCCCACAAGUGCAUUCUAAACUCGUUUUACGGGUAUGUGAUGCGUCGAGGGGCGAGAUGGCACUCUAUGGAAAUGGCCGGUAUUGUCACCAACACGGGGUCUCAAAUCAUCAAACAAGCCCGCCAAUUGGUCGAGCAACUCGGUCGACCCCUGGAACUCGACACGGAUGGCAUCUGGGCCAUGUUGCCAGGCUCGUUUCCUGAUAAAUUCAAGUUUACGUUGAAAGAUGGCUCUACACGAUCGCUAGAAUACCCGUGUGUGAUGCUCAACGCUGCCGUGCAAGAGAACUUUACCAAUCACCAGUACCAGGAAGUAACUGCUGGCCAAAAGUACCAGAUGCGCUCCGAGUGCUCCAUCUUCUUCGAGUUGGAUGGUCCGUACAAGUGUAUGGUCGUGCCCGCGUCCACGGAAGAAGGCAAACUGCUCAAGAAGCGAUACGCUGUGUUUAAUUUCUCCAACAAACUCACGGAACUCAAGGGGUUUGAACUGAAACGGCGAGGGGAAUUGGAACUGAUCAAGGCGUUUCAAAGCCAAGUGUUUCCAUGCUUUUUGGAAGGCAAGACGUUGGCCGAGUGUUAUGCUGCCGUCGGCGACUGUGCGAAUCGAUGGUUGGAUAUAUUGGAUACAAAAGGUCAAGCGAUUGAAGAAGAGGAAGUGCUGGCGCUGCUCACAGAAAACAAGAGCAUGAGUGGUCGCUUGGAGGACUAUGGCAACCAAAAAUCCACGUCCAUUACCACCGCCAAACGACUUGGUGAAUUUUUGGGCCCAAAGAUGCUUCAAGACAAGGGGCUUACCUGUAAGUUGAUCGUGUUGACUCGACCGUACGGGGAAAAAGUGACCGAGCGCGCGGUACCCACUGCCAUCUUCUCGGCGGAACCAGCGAUCAAAAAGCAUUUCUUGCGCAAAUGGUGUCGAGAUCCGUCCAUGACCGACUUGGACGUUCGUUCGCUGCUGGAUUGGGACUACUACCGCACUCGGUUUGCAGGCACGGUGCAAAAGAUCAUUUUACUGCCCGCCGCCUUUCAGCACAUUGAAAACCCCGUGCCUCGCAUCGAUUUGCCCAAGUGGAUGGACCGCCUCGUCAAGGAGCGAUUAGAUACCAAACGGCAAACUACACUCGGAUUUUUGCCAGUCCCAAAACCAGUCGACUUGCCAGCAUGGACUCCCCAAGCUUCGACCAAAAAGACCAAGUUAAAAGGACCAAUCAAAGCCCAGAGUCUGACUCCAGACAUCGAGGACGACAUCAUCGACCCAUCUACGCUCUCAACCGUGGAAGGCGACGUCCACAAACCCGUCGAUGGUGUCGGGGACAAACCGACGUCGUCCUGGACGUCGUACGAAGAGUGGCUGGCUCUGCGUAAGCUCAAGUGGCGUCGCAAACGUCUGGAAAUGAAAGCCCUCGACACGCCCAUGGCUGUGCAAAAGCGCAAACAAUUGUAUUUGUGGCACAUUGUCGAGGUUCGAGACACGGCAAUUCCUGGCUUGUGCGACGUGUGGGCGAUCAACGACGGUCGAUUGGAAAUCCACCAAAUUGAAACGGGCACGACUGUAUUGAAGCACUCUAGCACGACUGUCUUGGUCGACACCAUCGACAGGGCUGCCACCUUCCAAGAGAUCAAGCGCUAUGUACCCAAUCAGCCCCAUAUGGUGGCGCUGGAGGCUUGUAAACACGCAACUACUUCGCUCGACACCAUCUACGAGGCUACAAUUCGACCGACGUCGCGGUUGCUGUGGAGCUUGGGGUCUGUGGUACAGCCUCCUUCAUCUUUGCAGCGCCUGACGUUGUCUGCAUUUCACUCCAAGCCCGCGACUUCGUACUUAUCGUCCUCGACACCAUCGACCCACCCACUUCACCAACUGGCUCUGGUUAUAUCGACCAACGCCACCCAUCAAGUCGGGUCUUGGAGUGUGCUCGUGCGGUCAUCGAUCAAAGACGGCGGGAUGAUGUGGACUGAAGCCAUGACGUGGCUGCUGGACGCGCAGGGUGCCACCAGCGGCCUCAAACUGACCGACUGGCGCCAUCUCUCGACACCAUCGACCGAUCUGCCCAAAAUGACCAAUCACGUCGUCUCAGCGUUCACAGACGUUGUCGCAGGCGUCAACAACGUCUUGGCCAAAUGGCGCGACGUGUCGAGUGUGGUGGUGGCGGUGGUGCCGAAAUGGGUCACUCGAACCAGUUUACGCACCCAAUUCCGAGGUCUAGAAGCGUUCCCAUUGGUCGUGACGCUUUCGAGUGACCCGUCGUCGUUUCCAAUGCUGACGUGGCGCCAGGAUUGGCAACUUCGCCUCGUCCACGCCAUCGACCAAGUGCCUCGGCAGUACCAAGACCUGUUGGAUUGUGCCAGAUAUGUACAGGUACCAGUGGGGAACCUCCAAGGCGAUUUGCAUGUGAUGAUGCUCGAUACACUGUACGCGAGACUGCUGCAAAAGUACCAGCAUGUGUGGUGGGGGCCUGCGGAUUUGGACGCUUCUCGUGCUGCCACGUAUACGCUGGUCGAUGGGUUUAAGCCAGUGCUCGUACCUGGCGCAUACACUCACAACAUGGUGAUUGACGUAAGUCUCGAUGGACUCGCCAUCCAAGCGCUGCUAUCUGACGACGGCCAAGCUGCAUCUGAGGAGAACGUGGCGUUUCGAUUGGUCCGCCAACUGGCCACGCAGUUGUUCAACGACGUCGUGUCGACGAAGAGCCCCGUGGCUGAUGCGUUGCUGCAGCACUUUUACCGGUGGAUGGCGUCCCCUGGAGCUCACUUUUACGACCCAAACCUCCAUAAUCUUAUGCAAAACUGCAUGCACCAACUUCUCAAGCAACUCUUGGCACAAAUGAAACGACUCGGCGCCACCAUCGUCUACGCUGACGUGUCCCGCAUUGUGCUCGAGACGCAAAAGCAUUCGGUGGAUCAAGCCAAGGCGUAUAUGGGGUUUAUCACGCGAACCCUCCAAGAAACGUUUCCCGUGCUGCAGUGGACGCCCGUGCAUUUCUACUCGCACGUUCUGUUUUUGGACAUGGAGAACUUUGGCGGGAUGGAAUGGGUGGCCGAUACUGCCGAGCCUCAAGUGGUGGGCGCGUGGAACUUGGCGCGCUAUUUACCGCGUGGCGUGGACGAAUACUGCCGUCUUCUAUUGGCGCAGUUCAUCAAACGUCGUUACGACUUUACCCUCCGUUACAGUCAAGACCCUGCGUCCACCACCCCACUUGGACUCAAUAAUGUCGAGAUGGCGCUGACCGAGUACUGCCAAAAGCUCAUCUCGACGCAGUUCACAGACAAGUUUCUGCGCCUCGUACCCGACAUCCUCUCGCACGCGCAUACAUUUCCGACGCUCGCGGGGUCGCAUCUCCCGUGGACGCACGCGGCGCUCGAACUGGUCAAGUGCGUCUGCCACGUCUGGCACCUCGACACGACCCUCUCGACACAUGUCAUGCAGCUCAAACGUACUCUGCUUAAAACCAUGAGCAUCAGUGAAUUCUCGACCGAAGCCGAGUUUGUAAAUCCGUCCAAGUCGUUUGUGCUGCCAGACAUCAUCUGCACCCAGUGCAACCUCUGUCGCCAUGUGGAUUUAUGCCGGGAACCGGGUCUUAUGGACGACCUAUCGGCAUUGGACGACCGAGACGAGGUCGUCCAAUCAUGGCAGUGUCCUCGCUGCACCCACUUGUACGACCUCGACAUGUUGGAGCAUCGCUUGGUGCACGUCGUCCAUACCCAGCACUCCCUUCCUUACCAACUGCGAGAACUCGUGUGCAAACGAUGCAACCUCCCCAAUGAAUCCCAGCUCAACACAUUGUGUGGGUGCACAGGAACGCUCAGUUUGGACGAAAAUGCAUCCAAUGUCGUGGAAAUUGACGAAAUUUUCCGCAUUUUGCUCCAUUUGGCCAAACACCAGCGGUUUGGGUACCUCCAAGAAACCAUGGAGCGCCUUAUGCAUUGAAUAAAAAAAAGCUGAUUUUUCAGCUUUGAAUAAAAUAUACGACAUAAAAAUACA